AUGGAAGCCAACAUUACGAAAACACAUCUUAAUCAAUUAAUUCCUCCGAUUAAUAAUAACAAUGUUACUACCACCAUCAACAACUCCUCCAAUGACGAACCACCUUCACCAAAUAUUUUUGCACGUGACAUGGAAUGGUUACUUGAAUCAAGAACAUUAGAAGUAAUUGAUUAUUUACUGGCAGCAGAUGCAUUAUGGCUUAAUUAUCUGAUAGAACAUUUACAAAUUUAUUUGAUAGAGCAUAGAAAAGAUUGGAUCAAAAAUAAUUUCACUAUAAUUUAUCAACUAAUUCAUUCAAAUCCAACAACAUUCAAGAAACUACAAAAUUAUUCAUAUCAGGAAUUAUAUAAUAGUCCACAAUUAAUCUUUGAUUCGCCUAAAUUUGUCACGCUGGAUGAACGAUUAAUUUUGUUAUUGUUGAAUGAUGAUAAUUUGGUGAUUGAUCAACUUAAAUUAUGGAAAAAAUUAUUAGAAUGGGGAAUUCAUCAAAAUAAUAAUAUUAAUCAUGAUGCUGUUGGUGUAAUUAGUAAUAACGUUAAUGAUAAACUUAAAUUGGAUUUGUCAAAAGAUGAUUUCUUGGCAUUAAAAAAAAGAUUAGAGAAUUUGAUUCCAUUAAUUAAAUUUAACAAAAUAAGAUAUGAAGAUUUUCAGAAUAAUGUCAUGCCUUACAAAUUCUUAUUUCAAUUGGAGAUUUAUAAUGAUAUCGAAAACUAUUAUUAUCAUAUUUUAAAGGACGUUUCUUCCAUCAACAGCUACGAAGAUGAUCUUUCUUUGAAUAGAAGUAAAUUAUUACAUCAUUCAAAAUUAAGUUUAUCAAAACGUAACAAAAAAUCUCUCUCUAUUACAACAAAUGGCACAAAUAUCAAACCAUCUUCUUCUAAUACGUCAUCAUCUUCAAAUAAAUCACUUCCUAUUAUUAGAACUAAUCAAAAUAAUAAUCAAAAUAAUAAUCAAAGUAAUAAUCAAAAUAACAAUCAAAAUAAUGCCAAGACUUUUACCACAUUAUUCAAUAAUUCUAUACAAAGAUUUACAAAAAGUGAUAAUGUAAAAUUAAAAUCUUCAAAAGCAAGAAUAUAUCAAUCCGCUAUAUCAAUUUCGCCGCCAAUUUCUGUUUCUUCCACAGUAAAUUUCCAUAACAUGAAGUUAAUAUCAACUUCAAAUACUCUUGAUCAAUCACAUCCAUUAUCACCUAGUAGUAUACCUUAUUCACCACAAUCACAGCAAUUAUCUUUUAAUGAUAGUAGUAGUAGACCUAAUCCACCACAAUUACCGCCAUUCUUUUCUAUUGAUACUACUACUAGUCAUGGGUUUAGCGAUAAAAAGUUUCACAGACGAUGUGAUGAAGUUGGUCCGACUGUCACAUUUAUCAAAUUGAAAGGUGUUGAUGGAUUAAUUGGUGGAUAUAAUCCAUUGAAUUGGAAAUCUAACCGGCUUAGAAAUUUUGAAAAUUGCCCCGACAGUUUCAUAUUCUCUAGAGUAACGUUAGCAAAAUAUGCAAUAAAUAAUCAUAUUUCUAAUGGCCCAUCGUUUGGUACAACUGAUAUAAUAAUCAAAAAUAAUUUGUGCAGAUGUUUAAUGGAAUGUUACACCUAUGGAGUUUUACCGGAUGAAUUAAUUAAGAAUAAACUUGAUUUUGAAAUUGAGGAAUAUGAAGUUUAUUUAAUAAUGAAGAAAAUCUAG